UUUUGUGGUGAGUGGUGAUUUAUGAAGCAAAGAGUUGUUUCCUAGCAAAGGGAAAAAAAAUCUUUUGUGCAAGUAGACCAAGGGUUUGACUGCAAUCCCUAAAACCCUUCUCUCUCUCUCUCUCUCUCUCUCUCACACACACACACACACACUACUCUUUGUUUCACAGCUCUCUCCAAUGGCGGAAAAACUAGCUCUACCUCUUAUCCUCCCAAACCCACCUCCCCCAAAACCUUUCUUCCAAGACCUCCACCCCAACUCCGCCGCCGCACCGCCACCUUCUUCCCCUCCCAAUUUCGCCCCUCUCUUCCACGACUUCCUCCACCACCACCAACACAAUUCCAAUUCCCCACAAAAUCCCCUCAAUUACCCCUCCUCCUCGUCCAACCCCAGACCACGCCGCCGUAUCGGAAAACACCGCGACCCCAACAAGGGCAAGCCAUGGUUCCACCACCGCCUCUCCUUCCAAGGUGAGCUCACUUUCCAAUCCCUCCUCCACCCCCAAUUCGACAUCCAAAAUCUCGACGCCGAAUUAUCCUCUCUCUUCAAUUCCGGCCAUCCAGAUAACGAAUUCUCCGACGAUUUCACCGAAACAGUUGCCUCCGAUGUCCUCGGCAUAAUCAAAGCCCUAGCCCACUACAAAAAAUGCGACCUUGCUCUAAGCAUGUUCGAAUGGAUUAAAAAACGCAGCGAUUCCGAAAACCUAAUUAACAGUUCCGUUGUCGCCGUCGUAAUCAGCAUGUUGGGCAAAGACGGCCAGGUUUCCACCGCAGCUUCUCUGUUCCACAGCCUGCACAAGGAUGGAUUCGCCAUGGAUGUAUACGCGUACACCUCGUUGAUAUCCGCUUUCGCGAGCAACGGGCGGUACCGAGAGGCUGUGAUGAUUUUCAAUAAAAUGGAGGAUGAGGGCUGCAGCCCUACUUUAAUCACCUACAAUGUGAUUCUGAAUGUUUACGGCAAAAUGGGAAUGCCUUGGCAUAAGAUUAUCUCGGUUUUCGAUGGUAUGAAGAGCUCGGGUGUUUCCCCCGAUGCUUACACUUAUAACACAAUCAUAAGUUGUUGUAGAAGAGGAUCUUUGUUCGAGGAAGCGAAAGGGAUUUUCGAGGAGAUGAAAUUAGCUGGAUUUUUACCGGAUAAGGUUACUUAUAAUACGCUAUUGGAUGUUUACGGAAAGUCGAGGAGGCCUAAAGAAGCCAUGGAAGUAUUGAAGGAAAUGGAAAUUAACGGUUUCUCUCCGAGUAUAGUGACUUACAAUUCGCUGAUAUCUGCUUACGCGAGAGACGGGUUGUUGGAGGAAGCAAUGGAGCUGAAAAGUAAAAUGCUCGGAAAUGGGAUUAAACCAGAUGUGUUCACUUAUACAACCCUUUUGUCGGGGUUCGAGAAAGCUGGUAAAGACGAAUCUGCAAUGAGGGUUUUCGAGGAGAUGCAAAGUAUUGGCUGUAAUCCCAAUAUCUGCACGUUUAAUGCUCUGAUCAAGAUGUUUGGUAACCGUGGCAAGUUUAAAGAAAUGAUGAAGAUUUUCGAUGAUAUGAAGGCGUGCGGGUGCAAGGCGGAUGUUGUGACGUGGAACACUCUCUUAGCUGUGUUUGGUCAAAAUGGGAUGGAUACGGAAGUUUCGGGAGUGUUCCGAGAGAUGAAAAGAUCGGGUUUUGUGGCGGAGAGAGACACUUUCAAUACGUUGAUCAGUGCGUAUAGUAGAUGCGGAUCUUUCGACCAAGCAAUGGCUAUUUAUAAACGGAUGUUGGAAGCAGGGGUGGCCCCCGAUCUCUCCACUUACAACGCUGUGCUGGCGGCAUUGGCUCGUGGCGGUUUGUGGGAGCAGUCGGAGAAAAUAUUCGCAGAAAUGAUGAACGGGCGGUGUAAACCUAAUCAGCUUACGUAUAGCUCUUUGCUCCAUGCUUAUGCUAACGGAAAGCAAAUCGAGAAAAUACACGAUCUUGCAGAGGAAAUAUAUUCAGGUGAAAUCGAACCUCAUGCGGUUCUCCUAAAAACACUCGUUCUUGUUUAUAGCAAGAGCGAUUUAUUACAAGAAACAGAGCGAGCGUUUCUCGAGCUAAGUAGAAGAGGGUUUUCUUCGUUGGAUAUAACUACUUUAAAUUCGAUGAUUUCGAUUUACGGUAGGAGACAAAUGAUUGACAAGGCGAACGAGAUCGUGAAUUACAUGAACGAAAGUGGGGUGACACCUAGUUUGACUACCUACAACAGUUUGAUGUACAUGUACAGUCGGUCCUCGAAUUACGAAAGAGCCGAAGAAAUAUUGAACGAUUUGGUUUCGAGGGGGAGGGUGAAGCCGGACGUGAUUUCGUUCAAUACGGUGAUAUACGCGUACUGCAGAAACGGGAGGAUGAAGGAAGCUUCUAGAAUGUUCAAGAAGAUGGCGGAGAGUGGGGUUGCUCCGGACGUGAUAACCUACAACACGUUCGUUGGGAGCUAUGCUGCGGAUGCGAUGUUUGUGGAGGCGAUUGAUGUGGUGAGGUAUAUGAUUAGGCAGGGGUGUAGGCCGAACCAGAGUACGUACAAUUCGAUUGUGGAUUGGUAUUGUAAGCUAAAUCGGAGCGACGAGGCUGUUAUGUUUGUUGGUGAUUUACGGAAAUUGGAUCCUCGUAUUUCCAAGGACGAAGAACGGAGAUUGUCCGAACGGUUGAUGGUUAUGAGAUGAUUAUAAGGUUAAGGUAUGUAAUAUAUAUUGCAUUGUUAUAAUUAGAUACACAUAUGUCGUUGUGCCCCUCAACAAAUGGUUUGAAUGUUGUAUUAUUAGAGAAGUUUACGAAAUUAUCAAAUUGUUAUGUAAAUAUUUCUUUUUUUUUUUUAAUAGAAGAUAUUUCUGACAUU